AGAGGAGGAAGAAAAAGGUUGCACUCUCAAGACAAGAGAUUUAUUAGGACACAGCCCACGCAAUUGACACGACGUCUUGAUUGAUGGUCGAGCACUCUUGAAGUGAUGCCUUCCCUAGGGACUGGUUUGAUGAUCCUGUUGGGUAUUACCCUGUUAAUGCAAAAGUGGACGGCAGCAGAGAUCGAUGACAACCAUUUGGAAAUGUGCGUUACAUCGAGGAGAAGAGUCGCAGACCUCUCCAAUCAAAAUCUAACAUCCUUUCCCUUACAUCUCCCCGAUAAAACGGAAUAUUUGGACAUCUCUCACAACUCCAUUCCAAGUAUCACUGCCCUGAAUUUUCCCCAACUGCCUGUGCUGUGUUUUCUGAAAGCAACUCAUUGUGGGCUCAGGGAUAUUUCUGCUAUGGUGUUUCAAUACAUUCCCGCACUCCAGGUUCUCAAUAUAUCCUUCAAUGAUUUAUCAAUCAUUCCUGACAUUUCCCUGCCUCGACUGACAGUCUUGGAUUUGUCUGACAAUCUUUAUGAGACCUAUCAGUUGCCCGAAUGUUUUCAGAACCUUACAAAGCUUCAAGUGCUGUCAUUAGGAAGUAAAGUGGCCUUGUCAGUUCAGUUAAAUGACUUUAAACCAGUAGUGAAUAUUUCCCUGCAACAUUUGCAGUUGAGUGCAAGAGUUCCCUGGCAAAUGUAUGAACCGGGAGCCCUUGGGAUUCUGUCCCUCCAGAAAUUGUCCCUCUUUGUGAACUUCUGCGGGCGCUUCGACAUAUUCGACAAAAUCCUAGUGGAUUUAAAUGCGACACGAGCGAGUGUCUUGAAGUUGAUCAGCAUGUUUUCAGACAACUGCAGCAUCACCGGGGAACCAUUCCACAAUUUUAAAGCAAUGCCGCAUGUGCGCAACCUCACCAUAGAGAACACUUGGCUAAACACCUCAUUCAUAGAGACAUUUUUAAAAAACAUGUGGCUGUCUUCUAUUCAAGACCUCUCCUUUGUCAAUAUCACGUACAAUGAAGAUACAGAGGAUGGGUUUCAGUUUCGCGCUCCUAAUCGUAGUGAAACUGUUCGUGCUAUAACUUUUGAUCGAGUUAAACAUUAUCAAUACAAGUAUCCUAAAUUUAACGUCAGUUUUGAGGAUGUUUCAAACCUGAACUAUGUUAAGUUUUCUGGGAGUGGCAUGAACAUUUUGCCUUGUAACAUCUUAUCCACCAUUCCAACAUUGGAGACCCUGGAUGUGUCAGACAACCUCCUACAAGAUUUGGGCUUCUGGUGGCCCAUGUGUUCAUACACCUCAAUUUUCCCAAAACUGAAGCAUCUUUUGAUGAGCAAGAACCGUUUCCACUUGUUGUCCUUCAUCUCAAAAAGGACUCAUGAAAUGAAGCAUCUGGAAUCCUUGGAUUUGAGCUUCAACUCCAUCUACCUGGACAACCGAUGCAACUGGCCCAGUCACUUGAUUGAACUCAAUCUUGGGAACAAUAACCUUGGAAACGAGGUUUUUGAGUACCUGUCGCCACAUUUUGAGCGAAUUCUCUUAGAGAAAACGGGAAUAACUGCCUUAACCCAAAAGGAACUGUCUCAGUUUCCCAAGCUGAAAUACCUCGAUCUUAGUUCUAACAGCAUCCAGGCGCUUCCAGAGCAUCUCAACGCCCCGAACCUGAUCAGUCUCUACGUGGACCAGAAUGCGAUCACAACUCUUUCUCAGCAAGUCUUGCAGGGACUUCCUAAACUUCAGAACAUCAAAGCUGGAAACAAUCCCUUCAGUUGCUCCUGUGACCUACAUUGGUUCAUCACAGAGUUAAACAAAUCUUUGCUUUUGGACUGGCCCUUGGAUUAUUCCUGUAGCACCCCAGUAAAGUUGGCAGACCUGCCACUGUCUGAGUUCAAAACCAGUGCAAUCUCAUGUGAGACCUGGCUCCAAACUUUCGUUGCUUUCUCUGUCUUACUCUUAGUUGGAACAACUUCGGGCCUGCUUUUUUAUAAAUUGGAUGGCGUGUGGUACACAAAGAUGUUAUGGGUGUGGAUUCGGGUGAAAAGGAGAGGCAAGAAACGCUCGCACCUACUAAAGAAAGUAUCAUUUUCUUACCACGCAUUCGUCUCAUACAGUCAUCAGGAUUCCCACUUUGUGAGCAGUGAGCUGGCGCCCGCCUUGGAGAAAGCCGGCUUUUCGCUUUGUGUUCACGAGCGUGACUUUGUCCCCGGCGAUUGGAUCAUCGACAACAUCAUCAACUGCGUGGAGUCCAGCUACAAAACACUCUUCAUCCUCUCCAAACAUUUCGUGCAGAGCGAGUGGUGCAACUACGAGCUCUUCUUCGCCCAGCACAGAGCCAUCAACAUCCAGCAGGACUCUUUGGUGUUCAUCCUGUUGGAACCCAUCCCGACUGAUAGCCUGCCCAAAAAGUUCUUGAGAUUGAGAAGCUUACUCCAGCAGCAGACGUACCUGGAAUGGCCCAAAGAUGAGCGGAAGCAGCAAGUGUUUUGGGCAAGUCUCCAAUCCAUGUUGCGGAUGGCGGACAAAUCUGUGGCUUUGAAGAAAUUAGCUGUGGAUAUUGCAGAUACAGUGGCCUCAAUUUCCAACCAGCCUUGAAAUGCUGCUUGGUUCAGUUUUGGAUGAGCAUGACACUCUCCAAUUCUAUAUUUUCAGUGACUAUACAAUGGAACUUGACUUUUUAAUUGCUUAUAUAUAAAUGGUUGGAUCUCAAGAGUUUUUGCCCACCCUGUUUCUACUAAAGUUCACCUUAGACAAAGCUUUAAAGUUGUGUAAAAUAAGUGCUUCUGAAAUUUAGUCAACUGUUAAUGGUUGUCAGACUAGGUUGAAUGAAAGCAGAUGUGUAUCUUUUGGUAAAAUGGUUCUUACUAUCUUUGCUACUAAUCAUAAUAAUAAAAA